AUGACUGAGAAACCGCGCCCGGGGAUCCCGGCUCUGUUCACGCAGCCGCCAGCCAUCCGUGACCCGCUCAUCACAGAAACACUGGAUCUGCAGAAUGCGACGCGUGAGAAAUGCUUGCCUUUUCUCAAGGGUAUUCACAGUAGUCAAAAGGGCCCCUUCAAUGCCAGCGGGGUGCCCGCCCUCCUCCGCGAUGAUCAUAUCGGAUACCUGUAUGACUCCCUAGAGGAUUAUCCCGCGGGCUUUGUAGCUAUGGACGCUAGCCGCCCGUGGAUGGUGUACUGGGCCCUGGCGAGCUUCGCGAUGCUGGGCGAGGAUGCGAGUCAAUGCCGCCGCGAACGGGUGCUUGCUACGCUUCGGCCUAUGCAGAACCCCACCGGUGGCUUUGGUGGUGGUCAUGGUCAGACAUCUCAUCUGGCAGGCAGUUAUGCGGCCGUGCUGUCGCUGGCGAUGGUAGGAGGCGAGGGGGCCUUUGGAUUGGUGGAUCGACACGCGAUGUGGCAAUGGCUGGGCCGCUUGAAGCAGGCCGAUGGCGGCUUCCGUGUUUGCGAAGGUGGAGAGGAGGAUGUGAGAGGCGCAUAUUGCGCUAUGACGAUCAUCUCGCUACUGGACCUCCCACUGACGCUGCCUCCGGAUUCUCAAGCGCGGCUGGCGGGCCUGGACACGUUCACUCAUGGUCUUCCCCAGUAUCUCUCACGAUGCCAAACGUUUGAAGGAGGCAUCUCUGGAAGUCCUGGGUCAGAGGCCCAUGGCGCUUAUGCUUUCUGUGCGUUGGCAUGUCUAUCUAUUAUGGGGGCUCCGGAGGAGACCUUCAACAGGCAUAUGGACAUUCCCAUGCUGGUGUCCUGGCUUUCUGCCCGCCAGUCGGCCCCAGAGGGCGGUCUUUCGGGGCGCACAAAUAAGCUAGUAGACGGGUGCUACAGCCAUUGGGUCGGAGGAUGUUGGCCACUGCUCGAGUCGGCCUUGAACGGAAAGCCGGGCAAUACCGAGACGCCCGUUGGCAGUCUAUUCAGUCGCGAAGGUCUGACAAGAUACAUUCUUGGAUGCUGUCAAGGCCAUACCGGAGGUCUUCGUGACAAACCGGGCAAACACGUCGAUUCAUACCAUACUUGCUACGUUUUGGCAGGCUUGAGCGCAACCCAGCACAACCAUUACCGCACAGACUUGAGUGCCUCCAGCGGGGGAUUUGCUUCUGCAUUCUCCUGGAAGUCUACGCCAUCUCGUGCCGAAGACAAUGUCUUUGGGAAGUAUGAUCGGCUGGAACCCUUGCAUCCGUUGUAUGUGAUCCCGCACAAGGCAGCGGAAGACAUGCGGCUCUGGUUCGAAUCCCAGCCUUUCGAUGUCUGA